CGGAUGACGUCACAUACGUCAUUGUUAAGUGCUGUCUGGUGGUGUUUUGGCUUGGAGGUAUGAUACAUAUUUCGAAGUGAGAGUGUGGUUGAUGGGAAAGGCAGUUAGAAAGAAAAUGAAUAAAGGUAAAGGAGGAUGGCGAAAAUGUGAUGUGGACCAGCCUACCAACCUUGAUUUCAGCCCUGACAUUCUCUAUGAAGUAAAGGAACUCUUCAACAAAACCUUCACAUAUCUGAAACCUUCAGACGGGGAAUGGCAGAUUCCCAACCCAAACGAAGCUUUGAAAUAUAAGCCUUCACUUUACGAUGGUCUACAAUCUUUAAAAGUAUCUCUGAAUGAAAUAAAAGAUCUGUUGAGUGAUAAGGAUCUUGAAGUUUGGCAUCAACACACAACAUUUACCAACAGAGCAGGAAAAGUUAUCUCUCAUGUAAAAAACACUGUUAAUGCAGAAAUUUGCACCCAAGCUUGGUGUAAGUUUUAUGAAAUUCUUGGCAAUUUUCCCCUUCUCCCCAAAACGGCCCUUCAGAAUGGGGAACUGAACUCUGUGCAUCUUUGUGAAGCUCCAGGGGCCUUCAUCGCUAGCUUGAAUCAUUACCUUAAGUCCAACUCUAUAUUCUGUGACUGGACUUGGGUAGCAAACACACUAAAUCCUUACCAUGAGGCCAAUGACAAUGAUAUGAUGAUCAUGGAUGAUCGACUUAUUGCCAGCACUCUGCCCUGGUGGUUCUUUGGUUCUGAAGACACGGGCGAUAUAAUGAUACUAAAACAUUUGGUAGAAUUGCAGAAUUUCACAAAGAACAUGGUGUCUAUCCAUUUGGUAACAGCAGAUGGUAGUUUUGAUUGUCAGCUGAAUCCAGAUGAGCAAGAGGCUCUGGUUGCACCACUGCACUAUUGUGAGGCAAUUGCUGCCCUAAUGCUACUAAGUCAUGGGGGUUCUUUUGUCCUAAAAAUGUUCACACUCUAUGAGCAUUCAUCUAUAUGUUUGCUUUACCUGUUGAACUGCUGCUUUGAGAAGGUACAUGUUUUUAAACCUGCAACUAGCAAAUCUGGUAACUCUGAAGUUUAUAUAGUAUGUCUUAAAUAUAAUGGGAAAGAGUUGGUGAGGCCUCUGCUCUCAAAAAUGAUUCGGAACUUUGGAAAUGAGGUAGUGACUCAUGCCCUUUUUCCUUGCCAUUUAAUUCCAGAAUCCUUCCUUCAGCAGCACCAAGAAUGCUGUACAUUCUUUCACAAGCUCCAGAUAGCAACCAUUAAUGAAAAUCUUUGCUUGUUUAAUUGCAUGAGUGAAGGCGAGAUGCACAGGCUGCAGUUGCUGCGUAACUGUACUUCAGACUUUUUCGUGCAAAAGUUUAAAAUCCAGCAUCUCCACAGAAGCAAGUGGCUGGCAAAACAAACCCUUCCAGGUUGCAACCUUGCUGGCAGGCUGUCCAACCAAAGGAAGCAAGUUGGUUCAUAUAACUCUAGAAAGAAAAUGGAAACACUUAGUUGGUUAGAAAAGAUUGAAAAUUGCUGCCAUAACACAUGGAUCAAUGAACAUUCAUCUUGUGUGUUUGCCCAAAGCUUCUUGAGGGGUGCAACAGAAGACUUUGACCUGAAAUCUUGGUAUACAUUAUCUGGGCCAAAACUACCCAAGGUGCGAAGCUCCCCAUUUUGCGCAGCUGAUUUGUUGAGCAUUCUGAAUGAAGCCAUUGAACAUUCUUCAUGUUUCAAGCAUCAUAAUCCUUUAACUACUCUAGCAGUACCAGAAUGUAGUUCAUGUGUUGUAAUGACAGCUGACAGUCUUGCCUCUGAGGUUUUAAGCCUAAUGGAAAGUCAGAAAGCUUAUGCACCGCAGGAGAAACUUCCUCAUUGUUUUGUUGCAGGCUGUUCAUCUUUUCUCCAAACUAUUAAACAUUUUGAUGCCCGCUUUGUUGAACUUUCUACAAUGCAGUCUUGCCCAUUAUCUGACUGCACAACUCUUCAUGAUGGUGAACCCAGGUAUCAGAAGGAGCUUCUUUCCUGCAUUCUGAAUAUACUGAAUACUCUUCAAAAUGGAGACUGUUUUAUUCUGCCCAUCCUAUCUGUGUUUACCCGCUUCACUGCUGGGUUAAUUCUGACACUUCAGAUGUGCUUUCAUUAUAUCACUUUUAGAUGUCCAGCUUCUUCUGAUGCCCUUGGAUGCAUCGCUGUCUUAUUCUGCAUUGGUUUUCGGAUCCCUACAAAUGAGCUCCAGCAGCACCUGCAGCGUUUGCUAGACUUGGUUAUGAAUAAUUUAGGGGCUGAGCCGUCUCAACAGGUGCUGCAGUUUGUGCCAAUGGAGAUUUUGCUAAAGGGGUCACUGGCGGAAUUUCUGUGGACAAUGAAUUCUUGUAUUAUGAAGCACAGACUGCACUUGCUUGUUCACGCCGAGAGGUUUGCAGCAGUGCAUUGUAAUGUUUAGUUUAUCUGUUUGUUAGUUGGGUGAGCUACGAGUCUUGCUCGUGCCCUGUCCAUUGGAGAAUCUUGUGUCACGGUAAAGAAUUUAACUAUGUGCCUUCCUUUCAUUUCAAAAUUCUGAAUGUUUAUAUAUGAAGAAAAUUAACUCUGAUCAUGUAUAUUAGCCAUAUUGGCUUGCAGAACUGAGAUGACACUUUUGUUGACUGUCCUUUUAUUUAAUGGAAUAUAAUGAAACCCUAGAGAGGAGAAGACUAUAAGGGUGGUUUUUUUUUUUUUUUUUUUUUUUUUUUUUUUUUUUUUUUAAACUAGUAUUUCUUUUUAUCUUUCACAUUAGGCUUUACAAAGUAUUCAGAGAGAUAGAUGCCGAGUGGUGAUUUUUAUUUUUUUUUUAAACUAGGUAUAAGUGAACCAUUAGACAGGAAAUUAUUUCCUAUUACGAGUAUGGUGGUGGUGUUUUUUUCCCCUCCCACCUGAUCAUGGUGUUGAAAUUUGAAGUUGUGUUAACUUUGAAUCAUUUCCUUAUAUUUAGUAUGAAAAUUUGAUGUAAUUUGUAUGCUGCUUCACUUGUGCAGCUCCUUUAAGGCAAAGAGACAAAUUAUAAACAUUCUUCAAAGAAAAACCUUUUUAAAGAAGAAAAGGUAGAAAAUGCAGACAUAUGAUUUGCAGAUGUGAUAAAAGCUUGUGCGGAGUCUUUUGAUCUUGAGUUGUUUCAUUUUUAAACAUUCCAAAAGAAUAAUCCAAUAUGGUUCUAUAGCGCAUUCUAGUAAAAGGUGCAUUCAGGUGAAAUAGUACUGAAUUGAACUGCUCCAAAGCAAUAAAUAAUUUUGUCACACAUUAAAUCUAGAUUCCUACGUGUAGAAGAACUCUGUGAGAAAAUGGAAAUGCACAAUAAUAGAAUGGUCUGACACCUUCUGUAAAAAAAUCCUUUUUAUAGGUUACCUUUUUGUAACGUGGAGUGCAUACAGUACAGCCUACACAUAAUUUAAUGUACAAAAUAUGCACAGUGCUGUGUUAUCAAAUAUACUUCUGCUUUUCUUGUUUAGUAAUACUUUAUUAUGAAAAAGCAUUUAAAAACAGAAGUUAGUGAUUUGUGUUUUUAUUGCCACUUUUUUGCCAACAAAUUCUAUAAAUUGUCACAUUAAAAUUUUUUUUUUUUUCGUGAUGGUUAUGGAAAAAUGAUAGCUGGUAUUUAUUUUAUUGCAGCAUAGCUUCUGAUUGGUACGUUCUUGGGACUGAACAACUUAAUCUCCUGAGGGCUUGUUUGCUGCUGUUUUAAUUUAGAUAAUGAGCAGUCUGUAUAUUUCUAAAUACCCCGGCUGCAGCACUCCUGUGCUUAAUGCGUUUCAUGUUUUUGUUGCGACUUUUUCUUGAUUAAUAUGAGCUGGUGCCAUUGUAAAGCAUUCAGUGUUUAUAACAGAAUUGAUUCAUGCAGAAUUGAACAGGAUCUGAUGAUUUUUAUUUUUGUAUCUAAACUGUUUAAAAUCUGAAAUGUACACCUUUCUGUUUAAUGUUGAAUUAUUAAGUUUUAUUUUUUUGAAAUCCUGUUUAUAUAAAAAAAAAAAAAAAUUCUGUUAAAUUAUGUUUGGCUGUUAGGUGUACAAGACUGACCUUAAUGUCUCACUGUUCUUUACCAAGUUGUAUUUUUGGUUGCUUAUAAAGGUUUUCCAGUAAAUUCAUAAAAUUGAAUAAGUGGGUAAAAAUUCCCCAACCUGCAAUGUCAAUUGAAUAAACUAAAAUGUGUGGACCUGUCAGAAAUGCAGCUUUCAUGAUCCCUCUGUUUACUUGUAGUUUCACUAUGAGUUUAAUUAGAAGACCCUACCCAUUCUCUUAGAUUGGGGGAGGGGGGCGAAUCUUGACCUGCAGUUGACAACUCUGCCAGCACCAUUUUUUUCAGCUCUCAGUUUCACUCUAAUAUUCAUCUCCUGUUGUAAUCGAAAUCUUUUCAAGAAUUUGACACACAUACUGCACAGCAUGUUACAGAUCAUUCAGUGAUAAUCCCUUUUACAAAGAAGGGGUCUUUGUAAAGUGUUAUAUAA